AUGAAGAGAUAAUAAGCUUUUAAUUAUUAGAUUUUAGUAAUACUAAUUUUUGUUGGUAUUAAUUUUUCACUGGCCGAUACUGAUCCAAUUUUCCACGAUAAAAAUAAUAUUCAGCAGUUUUUAAAAGGAUAUUUGGAAGGACUUAAAUUAGAGGUAAAUGAAUUAGAAUUAAGCUCAAUAACUGAUCAGCAAUUUGCUCUAGAUGAAUUUCAGCUCGGCUUAGAUUAUCAAGGUCUUUCAAUAUUGAUCAAGGAGAAAGAAAAAGAAGGAUUAGAACACAUUUGUGAUGCUCUUAUAAAAUUAGAAGAGUAGCUUCCCAAAAAAAGCAGAUCUUUAUUAAAGCUAGUCUAAAUAUCAUUAGAAGUAUUUGGCAACUAUUCUAAAUAUGUAGCAGCUAAGGAAAAGUAUGAAUAAAUUUAUCCUGACAGAGAUGUAUCUUCAUUUUUAUGGGAUGCUUUAGAUUUCAUCUCUUUAAACAACAACUUUCAUCUUUCUGGCUAAAUGGUGGCAAAAAUAAUUUUAGAACUUCAUCCUUUGCUCUUUUGA